UUCAUUUGUUUAUCUAUGAAUUAGAAGUUUGACAUUUUAUGUGUGUCUAUUAUUUUCCUUAUCAAUGUCCUGAAAUUCUGCAUCUAAAUAAAAUUGAAAGGUGAACAACUUUUUUGUAAGUAUAAAUCUGUACAAAUUCAAUUUUAUUAAGAUAUAUUUGUGUAUUAACACAUUCACUAUGUCCAGAGAAAUAUGUGUUUGAUAUAAAAAUACAUUUAGUUGGUAUUUCAGAUGUAGUAUGUAACUAUUAAUUUAAAUAUUUGAUAGCACAUUAUCAAGACAAUUAUCUGAUGGAAGAGAAUCAAGAGGCUCAAAAAUUUAUACCAGGUCCUCCACAACUUCCCCCUUUGUAUAAAGGGCAGAAGAUAAAAACAGGACCAUACACUACUACAGUUACGGAUGAAAUGGUAGCACAAAGAGAAAGGGAGAACGAACAAUUAUAUAGAGCUUGGCGUGAACAACAACGAAGAAGAGCAAUGGCGCCAGAUGAUGAUGAUUCAGAAUAUAUGGGCGACUUUAAAGAUGACACAGUGAGAAGAAGUUUCAUUAGAAAAAUUUUCUGUAUAUUAACAAUUCAAUUACUAUUUACCUCUGGCAUCAUUGCAGUCUUUUUGUUUGUGGAUGCUGCCAGAAAAUUUAUGAUAAUUCAUUGGUAUAUGUGGAUUAUAGCUAUGAUAUGCUUCACCAUUUCUUUUUGCGCUAUAUCUAUAUCUGAAAGAGCUAGACGCAAUCCACCUUUCAAUUAUAUAUGGCUAACUAAAUUGACACUUUCUAUGUCAUAUUUAGCUGCUUUUGUAUCAGUCUUUUUAGAAGUUGAAGUAAUAUUGAUGGCAUUAGGUAUGACAACUUUAAUUACAUUAGGAAUAGGUCUUAUUGCAACAUUUUCUAAGUUUGAUUUAACAAUGAGAACAGGACUGUUGAUCAUCUUUGGACUGGCUUCUAUUGUUUCAAUUUUUGUGAUAAUGAUAGUUCUGCUAUUUACAUAUAUAAGAAUAUUACAUAUAAUAAUCUCAGUUAUAGGAAUGAUUUUAUUAUCAAUGUACUUGUAUUUUGAUGUGCAAACAAUUAUGGGUGGAAGAAGAAUAGAAUUAAGUCCGGAUGAAGUUGUAUUUGCAACAGCACAAAUUUAUGUUGACAUAGUACUGUUAUAUCAAUACGUGUUAUUGUUUAUGGGUAUGAUGUAUCAUCGAUAAAUAUUAAGGAUAAAUUUAUAUUAUGUCAUUAAGAAUAAUCUAUUCUUAUUAUAGCAGUAAUAUUUUAGAUACAGAUUUAAAUAUCAAUAAAUAAAUGUAUGUGAAAUAUUACACAAUAGCAUUGAAAACUGUUUUCUUUUUUAUGACUUAUCUAUAUGUGUUUUAUUGCUAUUGAGAUUAUUAACUUACACAGUGUCAAUAAUCAUUUGCUAUAAAGCUAUAAUUAUAUAAAAUUCAUAAAUGAAAGAUUCUGAAACGCUACUGUCCUUUAAAAUAGCAUGUUUCUGUCGAGUCUGUUGCUAAGCAACUGUUUGACAACAAAAACCUAACCUAUUGCAUGUUCAAAACUUCAAUUAAAAAAUACAUAUUUUGUAGAUUUAAAUGAAUGU